AUUAUACACAGACACAAAUUAUGGAGGACAUGACAACACCUUUGUCACCCUUAUUAGAAACUUCUGCAACAGGAACAACCAGAAAGUCAACAUCUUCCCGUCCACCUGUAACACAAGCAACACGCAGUGAAUUACAAACAUCAAUGAAGAAUAAUGUAAGAUCUUUCACAACACUUUUUCAAAACACGUCAGAACAAAUUACUGUAAAUGUAACCACUGAAACACAAACUGCAGUUGCAGAAGCAAGUGAAACAGCUGCCCAAGGUUUGGAGACUUCAACAACCUCUGAAUCACUAACAACACAACUUCCCAAAACUUCAAAAGAAACUGCAGCCUCUAUGAUGGAUUAUACAUCUACACUGACAGCAAAGUCCACAACAUCAUUCAGUACAAUAUCACCUCCUUCUGUAAUUUCUACAAAAGAAACGUCUGUAAAAGGAUUAUCUUUACCUCAAUCUAUUACAACACCAUCCACAACAGAUAUUGUAGAACCAACAACAAACAAGCAAGGCAAUGAAACAACAAAAUUAAAAAACACCUCAGAACAGAAUACUUCAGAUGUAACCACACAAACACCAGCUGCAAAUAAUAUUAAAGCAUCAUCAACAACAAAAAUAUCAACUGUUUCAGGAACUGAUUUGCUUUCUUCAUCACCGCUAAAUGCAACACAAACUUUGACUGAAGCAAUACAACCAGAGAGUCAGAAUAAAACUGCAACAUCGACAACAACAAAACAAGAAAAUACAACAGCAUCAGCAAAAUUUUCUACACAAUCCACAACUGCAAAACAAACCGUUGGAUCCGUAACAAUUCAAGGAAAAACAGACCGUGAAUCGGCGUCUGUGUCAACCAGACUCACAACCCAAACUGCAGGGCCUCUGGAAAUUGUUGGAUCUACAGGGCAAACAAAAUCUAUGGCGGCAAGAACUCAGACAUCCACCAAAGAUAACACAGCUACACUGUUUAUGAAGUUCACAACAAUAAGCUUGAUCUCACCUCAAAGUGUGACUCCACAAGGAUCAUUUACAACACAACAACCCACAACUACCAUGCAGACUAAUCCAUCAACAACAAAUAGCAGAACAACUGACAAUAAAUCAUUCUUUGCAUCAACAAGGCUGAGUACACAAACUGCUCAAUCAGUGGAAAUUAAUCCAACUACAAAACAAACACAAUCUAGUCCAAUGGCGACAGUCAGUAAAACAUCUAUGCAGAUGGUGGAGUCCAUGUCAACAGCCUCAACCCAAACAUCACCUCCAUCUUUAACUUCCACAAUGAACAAACCCGUUCAGUCAACACAAUCCUCUCCAUAUGUAACAAGAUCCACAGUAAGCACUGUUUCAUUAACAGCUACCAAACAGGAUGAAGAAACAUCAAAAUUACAAAGUAUAUCAAAUGUAGCAACAACAAAAACCUUAGCAGAAGAAACAACAGAAGCAUCCUCAACAACUAGAUCAGAAAAUCAACAGAAAAUGUCAUCGUUUACAACAAGAAAAUCAUCAACAUCAGAAGCAUCAACAACACAAUCCUCAACUGCAAAACAAACUGUGGGAUCAACAAUGACUGAAGCAAACAAAGACAGAGGUUCACUGACUGCAUCAACAAGACAAACUAUAGAGUCUGUGACCACACUGAGAAUUGUGACAAUAACAGAAUCAAAUCCGUCAACAACUGCAAAUCAAGCAUCUAUUACAAAUCAGACAUCUACUUCAAUGAUGAAUGUAAGGGCAACAGGAUUGAUGAGAACAUCGUCUACAUCUGUUACAUCUAAAACAGAAGGAACUGUACAGUUAACAUCUUCACCUCCACCCCUUACAACAAGAUCCACAACAGGAACAGAAGCUGAAAUACCAACAUCAAAGAAAUCAGACAAAAUAUCAUCAACACAAAGCACCUCAGCGCAAAACCCUUUACAUGUAACAACUGAGACACAGACUGCAGCUGCAGAAACAGGAUCAUCAACUGCUUUCAAACAGACUGUGUCAUCAACAUACAGUGAAUCAGUGUCUGAUCAUAAUAGAAGUGUAUCAGAGUUAUUGCAAACAUUAACUCAAAACACAGAUAAAACAACACAAUCACAGAAUGAGCCCACAACAACACCACAACCUCUAAUUACUGGAUCAAGAAUUCAAGAAAACACAAACAGUGGAUCAGAUUCUUUCUCCACAAUCGACAGAAAACAAACUACUAAGACUGUGGAAAUGGCGCCCAUUGCAACACAAACAGAUUCUAGAUCACCAACAAUCAUCAAGAAAGUAUCGACCACAACUGCAAAGCAACCUGCUGGAUCUGUAACUCAAACAAGCACAGAAUCUGGAUCAAUCUCUGUGUCAGCAAGACUCUCAACACAGAGCACACAACCUGCAGCAUCAAAAAUACUCAACAUAUCUGCAACAAUAGACUUGUCAUACAUAACUGAAAGGCUCACUGUUGCAAAACAAACAAUGGCUGAUCAAAAUGAAAGCAGUCAAACUGUAAAUGAGUCUCUGCAAAGUUCAACACUGAAAUUAAAAACUCAGGAUAGACCUUCACCGUCUGCAGCAGACAAUUCAGGUUCAUCGACAACAUCAGCAGCUUUUCCAACAGAACAACACAAAGCAAUUGGAUCAACAACAGUUCAACCAAACGCAAAAAGUGAAUCAAUUCUCAUGUCAACAAGACUUAACACACAAAUGGCAGCAGAUGUUCAAACGGAAACAUCUAGUGUAUCUAAAAAUGAAACUCAAGCAUCCACCACAAAAACAGAUACAUCUACACAAAUGGUGAUGUCAAAGGCAACAAUUGCCAAACAAACAACAACAACAACAACAGUUCGAGAAAAAGAUGUCAGUGGACUGGUGUCUAUGUCACCUGAAACAGGAACCACUUCACUGUCAGUAAUAUCCUCUACAUCUGUUACAAGACAAUUCACCAAAUUAUCAAAUGCUACUCAAACAACAACUAAAACAGACAAAGGAACGUCAUUAAAAACUCCAGAGCCAAUUACAUUAAAUUUGACACCAACAUCUCAAACUAGAGCUGCAGAAAUAACCAAAACAACAGAAUUUGAGACUCUGCAAGAAAUGGAGUCAACAUCAAUAGCAUUAACAACACACCAGCCAACAGCUACAAAGCAUGCCACUGGAUCAGCAACAGGUCAAGUAACAACAUAUGGUGGAUCAGUGCCUAUGUUAACAAAGCAAACUGUAGGGCCUGGGACAACACUGCUAGCUGCAACACAAACACUAUCUAGUCCAUCUACAAAUGCAACUCCAAAGUCUACCACAGAUCAUGAGACUACAAAUAUAAUGGAGUCCAUGUUGACACAUGGUGGAUUAGUGUCUGGUCAGAAUGGAGGUGAAUCCAUGGAAUCCAUGGCAACAGGAUCCUCAGCAAUAUCUCCUACCUCUCUAACUUUGACUGCAAGAACAUCUGUAAAAGCAACAUCUUUAACUCCAUCUAAGACAAUAAAACCAACAACAAAUUCAGUAGAAAAGGCACAGUUACAAAACACCUCAGAAAAAAUUACUUUAAAUGUAAAAGGAGAGGCACAGACCACAGAUGAGCAAAUGACCAAAACACCAGCAAAAAUUGAAUCAUUCACCACUUCAAAAGAAACGAAGGGGUCAACUAAGGGUGGAUUAGUGGUUACACAAACACAAACAAUAAACACUGUUUAUGGACAGCAACAAAUAUCAACGCAAAUUUCAACCUUGAGAACUCCAUCAGUGGAUUCACAGGAAACAUCAUCAUCUGCAGUGACCAAGUCAGCGAAGCCAACAACAUCAGCGCCACUGACAACACAGCAAACUGCUGGAACUACAACAACUAACGGAAACACAGACAGCAGAUUGGACUCUGUGUCAUCCAGACUCACAACCCAAACAGCAGAGUCUAAUAAACAUGCUAACUCAAAUUCAGUAACGACUUCAGCUUCGUCUGCAACUUCUACAACUGGUGCAAAUGGAAAGUCUACAGUAUCGACUCUAUCUGUAUCAAGAAGACUAACCAGCUCUGUGGUAGCAAAUACCCAAGAAGAGACAGAAAAUACAAAAUUGCCAACAUUUUCAAGACAAAGUACACAAAAUGUAGCAACCAAAAAUCAAACACCAGAAAAAGAAACAAGCAUAACACCUGAAACAACUAAAGCUGACACUCAGUAUGAAACAAAAACCUUAGCAGAAGAAACAACAGAAGCAUCCUCAACAACUAGAUCAGAAAAUCAACAGAAAAUGUCAUUGUUUAUAACAAGAAAAUCAUCAACAUCAGAAGCAUCAACAACACAACCCUCAACUGCAAAACAAACUGUGGGAUCAACAAUCACUGAAGCAAACAAAGACAGAGGUUCACUGACUGCAUCAACAAGACAAACUGUGACCACACGGAGAAUUGUGACAAUAACAGAAUCAAAUCCGUCAACAACUGCAAAUCAAGCAUCUAUUACAAAUCAGACAUCUACUUCAAUGGUGAAUGUAAAGGCAAUAGGAUUGAUGACAACAUCGUCUACAUCUGUUACAUCUAAAACAGAAGGUACUGUACAGUUAACAUCUUCACCUCCACCCCUUACAACAAGAUCCACAACAGGAACAGAAGCUGAAAUACCAACAUCAAAGAAAUCAGACAAAAUAUCAUCAACACAAAGCACCUCAGCGCAAAACCCUUUACAUGUAACAACUGAGACACAGACUGCAGCUGCAGAAACAGGAUCAUCAACUGCUUUCAAACAGACGGUGGUAUCUACAUACAGUGAAUCAGUGUCUGAUCAUAACAGAAAUAAAUCAACUUCAUUGCAAACAUCGUCUCAAAAGACAGGUGAAACAAAUGAAUCAGAGGAUCAAACUAAAGAUGCAUCACCUGCAACGAACAAAUCAGAGAUUCCAAAAACACAACAACCUCCAAUUAUUGGAUCAAUAACAGUUCAAGAAAACACAAAAAGUAAAUCAAUAUCCCUGUCUACAUUUGACAGGAGACAAACAGAGCACAAUGGCACGCAAACAAAUUAUACUCCACCAACGACCAUCAAUCAAAUGUCUAUCACAACUGCAAAGCAACCUGUUGGAUCUACAACAACUCAAGGAAGCGGAGACUCUGGGUCAACCUAUAUGUCAGCUAAAAAAUCAAGCAUAACACCUGCAACAACUAAAUCAAACACUCAGGAUAAAGCAACAUCAUCCGCAACAACCAAAUCACAGACUACAACGACAGCAGCAAUUACAGGAAAACAACCCACAACUACAAAGCAAACCGUGAGUUCAGCAACAACAGCUUCGUCGAGGACUUCGACAAUCACAGCACAUGCAGUGACAAACACAAAUUAUGACACCUCAUUAACAACCGGACAGAUAUCACCCAUAGCUUCAACACAAAGCAUUGGAUUAUCAAACCAGUCACCAACACAAGUUCUAGAGAAGACUACAGGGAAACAAGAGGCAGGACGAACAACGGGAUAUAUGGGAACUACAGUGAACACCACACCACACACCACAGCAUCUUUAGUUACAUCUCUUCAAGAAACGACACAAACAGCUGCACACACAAUUACCCCUGAGGAGGAACCAGAGACUGCAUCAGCAGCCUGGACAGCGGAUCAGUACUCAUCCACACUGCAAAGUUUAGAAUCUUCCAGUUCGCAACAACCUCAAAGUGUCUCAUUGGUCCCAGUUAGCACAUCAAGAAGCACUUCAGCUUCAGUCCCAGCACAGAGCUCAUCCCAUUCCACAACAGAAGAAGCUCAUUCAAGUACUUCCCCUCAGGUUAACGGGACUACAAAUAUGGAGAAGGCUACAGUAAAAUCCACAGCAGCUGAGUAUGGAAGCGCAGAUACAACAGACUCCAAUUUAUACACAUCAUCAGCUAACAUCAGGCAUGCAAACACAACACAACUGGAAUACGAUGCAAGCCCUUUGCCUGUUUCUCGAAACAGGACUGUGUUUUUCAAAUACAGUCCUAGGGUUGUUAUUGUGAAGCCUUUAGUCUUUGAUUAUCCAGUUGUGGAGCGCAUCACGUUUUUAUCAAAUGAUACAGACAAAAUUGAUGGAAUGACAAACUAAAUAGUAACAAGGUUUGCCAAUGGUACAAGAUGAUGAAAACAACAUGGCAAAUUACUUGUUAAAACAUUUGUCACAUGUUGAUGUAAAAUAAUUUUUGGGAUAAAAUUUUACUGGGGCGGUUUCUUACAAUCUCUUUUGUUCUGUUGAGAUGUUGCGACUGUUCGGGAUUUUAAAAUUAGUUCAAAAGAGCAACCUAAAUCUGGAGAGCCAAUAGGUACACUCGAAAUAAAACUUGAUGUGGGCAUUUUACAACAUGUAGGCCACAUCCAGCUCUUUAGUUGUUCAAGACUGGCCUGCAGUGGUUAAUAGAUCUGCAAAAAUGCAAUAAAUAAAAUAAAUAAAGUUUAUUUUGUACUGAAGUCCAACUAUGUGUAUUAUUUGGAGAAUCCAAUCCUUAUUUCACUUUUGUCUCUGUCUGCUACAACAGCGUCCGGUAUGUGCCAAUGUUCAUUUUGCUACCAAAUGUAAAGUUUCUUCUAUGUAAUUACUGCACACAUACCAUCAUCACAACAUGAGUGUUAAUACUAAUAAUAUUUCAAUUGUCACGAAUGCGCACACUGCAUAUGACAUUCAGCCUGAAAUAAAUGUGACACAGGGAAAAGACAUCACAAUCCAAUGUACCUAAUAUACCUAAUACUGUAUAAAAGUUUGGUUUCUGACACUGCAGUUUUAGAUUACAACAUGUUCUAUUUUGCAAAAUAUGUAAAACUCUGAGAUAGCUGGUAAUGGGACAUUUCAAAAUCUUCAGUGUAAAGCAAAACAACAAACUCCUAUGUAAAAAAGUAAUGCAGUACAAAGGAACUACAGUCUGACGGUGAAAUUUGAGGUUGUAAAGUAUAAAGUAUUGUCAUUUUGUUUGUUCAACAUGUGGAUAACAGUCUAUGUAAAUAGUUUUACAACCAAAACACAGCAAAUGUGCCAUUAUUGGUGUGGGAGGUAAACAAAUCUUGUUUUUAGUUUCAUGUUAUAGCUCACUUCAUCAUUUGUCAGAACUGUUUUAGAAACAAGAUUUCUUUUUUUUCCACUGUAUAAUCCUUUAAUCUGUUAUUGAAGACAUCAAGAGAUUGUUUUUAAUUAUUCUUUUACAUUUUCUGUCAAUGCUGUGUGCAGUGGCAAAGUGGUUAACACUUUAACUUUUUCCAGAAAGUCUUCGACCAUCAAUCUGUUUUUUCUCUUAAAGUGGAUUGCACCCAGGCAAUCUUUGUCAUCUGGAUCAACAACAUGAAGUCUGGUGUAUCUUUACAACUAAUGUCUGGUAACCGGUUGGCCUUCGUUUUUUCUUAAAGUAACACAUGAUAUUAUAAAGCUUGGGAAUCAUUGCAUUUUUCAAGCAGUUUUCAAAAUAACAUCUGGGGAUUUGUAAGGUGAAGGAAAUAGCAAAAUUCCAUUUUAAAGGUCUAAUUACAAAGUUGCACAACAUAACAUUUAAAAAUCUUAAUGUAGAUGUUCAAUGCAGACCUUAUGUUCUAAUGUGUGUCUAUUUUUAAUAAAAAC